GGUUGAUCAAUGCGCAUACGCUCUCCUGUCCUAGUCAUCUAUUUCCUCCAUUGGUUAAUUUUUCGUUUUCAGGCGCAGCUCACUCUCGCUCUCGGUUGAUGCGAGUUUUAUUUUCACGUACAUCAGCUGCAAAUCCAAAUAUGCGAACACCUACUUUGCAGUCCAUUUCUCGAGCGGUAAUAUGGCGCACUUGUUGCCUGCUCGCAGUCGCGGACCCGACCGCUUUUACGAUUGUUCCGAGGACAACUACCAGUCUUGCAGUUUCGGCGGCGGCAAUUUUUGCCCGAAAAAAGUCUGACGCUUGUGCGUCGUCCGCGGAAAAUGCUACAACCAGUGCCUCUAGCGCGCGCGCAAGAAUUAAAGGUGAAGCUGUCGCUUACGUGGUAAAUCCAUCGCCGCUCCGUGAACGGCCGCGUAGCAGCUCGCCAUCACCAAGACCACGGGGUGUUGCUUUGGCUUGCCUACAAAAUAAGUGCCGGAGCAGCUGCUCUGUAGCUGCACAAAGCACCAGGAUGAACGCACGGGAGGAACAGGCGGACUUGCACUUUGAUCUCGAAAAUCAUGACGUACCAUCUGAUCAAGCUUGCAGCGUAACAAUUAGCAGGACAAAGGAAGUCGAUCACACGGACCUGCAUCCAACCAGAUCUUCGACGGCCCGCCACGUCCUGGACCAAGAUUUCUUCCACGUUGACACCCUCGAAACCUUCGUCGCCUGCGAGCAGUCAAAGAGAAUCCUUAGCAGCACCUGCAGAAAUCUACACAGAAAAUUCACUUGCCCAACCCGGCGGGAGAAACUACUGCACAAACUGUGGGUCCGCAGCCGCUUAGGGGGAUUUCUGCGGUCGAAAAAAGGGCUGAAAACCUGUGCCUGUUUACUUCUCGCACUGGUGGAAUGGUUUGCGCAGUGGUGCGAGCUGAGUUGUGGGAGAAUGAAUGCAAAUGUAACUAGUACAUCAGCUGUUCUUGCUGGGGGCAGCAGUAGAUGCUGUACUCCUGCUACAAGAGCGACGACCAACUCCUCCCUGAUCGCAACCACCGAACUCUUUCUCCGCGAUCCGUAUGCUCUGCAAAAGUACCGCGCUCGUAAAGGUAAAAGCCGCAGAAGUCCGGCAUGAUAAAUCCGCUCUUGUGCCUGAACGUGCAUCACAAAUUUCAUUCUUCUUUCUGGUAAAGAAAACCAACUAUGCUAGUAGUUCUAGCAGUGCGAUAGUUUUGCAAUGCAUAACCCGCAACACGCCCGCAAUACAGCGAUGUGGUUCACGAGAGUGGCUUUUUUCUCUUCUCUGUAUCAGAGUAAAAGCAUUCCGCCCACCCGGCCAGAGUAAAAAUGGAAAAUCUGCUACACAAAUCAACAAGUUUUGGCUGUAUAAUUUGCACAUGAGAAAAUCGGGGGCUCCCAGUGUCAUACUGUAUAGCCACGCGGCAGCCGGACAAGUAGUCACUUUUACAUCUAGUCGCUAUUCGAGCGAGUGACAAAUGACUCAAACUCCCAAGAAAUGUGCAUUACUGAAUGUUGUUCCUCAUGGGUAGUUGGGACUGCGCAUGCCAAACAUUUGAGCAGACCUGCAUCACGUUGACAAGUCUGGGCGGGUGGUUUUACACAGGAUACUUUGCUCUCAUUGAUCACCAGCGUGGACUGGCAAAGCGCGGCGCGCUGGUGGAAGUUGCGGUUGCGCAUGCUGUUGCAUCCGUGCCAGGGGAGGCCCGGAGUUCCAUCCGGGUCGCCGAUCCGCAUUGUGCCCUGCACUCAGAGGAAAUAUGGAGGACCACAUUUUCGUUUCGCCGACGCCGCCUGCACAACCACUUCUGCCACCGCGAGCACCCAGGCGUCACCCCUCCUGUCCAGAGCAACGUCGGCGAACGCGCUCACCUCUUCAGCUUGUUCAAGUGCCGCGUCCUCCCCGGAGCACCUGCCCGCGUUCGACCCAACAUAUUUCGGCCGUCGUGCGGGCCUUGCGGGCAACUACUUAGAAGGUGGGCGCCACGACUCUAAUAUUUUGCCAGUAGAACUACAACCUGACAUAACAUUCCCCGAACUGCCCGUGGCACUGGGAGACGCUCUCGGUCUUCGUCGCGGGGACAACGGAACACUAGAUGCGCAACUGCCACUAGUGGCGGGGGUGCCGGCUGUAAUAAUAUCGACAUAUCUACCUCGGUAGAUCCUUUUCGUGUAGUAACUGGGAUUUGGGGUCCCCCGUUCGCACUAUAUCGGCUGGCAGAUCCGUAGAAGCUAUUGCACGUUUGCGAUCUCCUCCCCUAGAGUGGGGAGGAGCGAUGUAGAGUCAUCGAUAUGUGCGUCUGGGGGACGUAGGUUUAGGUGAAUUUUUGCCCUUUUGUUCUACACCGAAGUAGGUGGCGCCAGUGAGGGCAUCCCCCAGCGGGGGGAGUUUAUUCCUUUUUUCUCACCAUAGAGGGUGGCCCCAGCGGGGGCAGUUUAGCGUGGGCGCGAAAGCCAUUGUGAGUUAGGGCCAGCAAGGCCACAGCAGGUUGCUACGAUUUCUUUUUCAAUCCAUGUCUUCGUAGAGACAUGGAAGUUUUCUGAUACUCAUGCUUCAACUGCGCGGCAGGUGAGUACUUGUCUUUGAAGAGCUUGAGGCUCUGUUUAUUUUUGCUCAAAUGAAGGAAGGUCUUCAAAAACAAAGGAUACGCGCUCAGAGUGUUAGAUCGGAAAUUGGAUCCGACAGUGUGCGGAAUGUUAGAUGUAGGGCUCGGGUAGCUAGGUCGCUUCUGAGGCCCCGCGCCAAGUCAACCUUUCUCUCUUUCUCUUCUACUACCAGGCUGCUGUAGUGCUUUUGAGGGCAGAUAGUGGUCCGUUCCUUUCCAGAUCUAAGUCUCAGUAGGUGCCGUUAGGGCGAUGUGUGGAUUUGUCUUACCUUGUCUAUCACAACUUUGAUUGCAAACAUGGCUCGGGGCCGCCCGCAUACGUAUUCAUUUAGAGGGCCAGCGCCCAGUGUCUUCGGGACACGUUCUCCGCAAUCUUCUCACGCAAGAGCAUGGCAGGCGUUCAAAGUGCAGAAAGGCCUGGAGCAGGCCCGGGAAGUUGGGAUUGCGGAUUUUCGACAGUUUGCCGCUUUUCUUUUGGCCCAGGGGUUUACCUCUGCGGCGGGUUACCUGUCUUCAGCAGUGACGCUAGAAGGGGAGGCGGGAAGAAUUAAAAACAUUUUAUUCCCCCGGCAGCUCCUCGGUCUGCAGCGGGCAAUCGGCCGGUACUUGAAAUCGCAGAACCUUCAACCGAAGAAGGCAACGCCCAUCUUUUUGGCUUCCCUGGGCCGUAUGACACAGCGGGAGAAAGAAAUUUUAGUAGUGGCCUCGGCGCUAGGGAUCCGUGGCGACACCCUGACGGCGAUUAGCCGCUCGCAGGUCUUCCUGCGUAGGCAGGGAGGUGUGACCCGGUCAGCAGCUUUGAUGGUCCGCAAGGACAAAACCUCGCAGCUACGCCGCAUGGAGGUGCUCUGCAUGUGUAAGAAGAGCCGGGUGAAUGUUUGCCCGGUGUGCUCAGUUGAGAACUGGGCCACGUUGUUUCCGAUAUCGAAGUGCGAGUUCAUGUCUGCCUGUAGGCUAGCCGAGACGAGUGGCCAUGGGCCACGUCGUACGUGUGCGAUCACGUCGCGCUUAGCAUGGAAUAGGAAGAAAGCCGCCAAAGCUCGGCAAAAGCUUGUGGCGGUGGUCUCCAAUAGGCAGGGCUGGUCUCUUCAGGCUAGGAGCCUGUCCUUUUUCGAAUACAGUGAUGACUUUGCGCGAUUCUCUGACCAGGAGCAGCAGCUUCUAUGCUGCUGGUCUCCGGAGGAGGACGACCUGGAGUGAACGCCUGGUGCAUUAUGUUUCAGCUCGAGCUACAGGCACUGCACAGCUGGAAACUUCCAAAUCGUUUUCUAAAAAACCAGAGUCCGCAUAGCGCAGAAAUAUAUUUGCUUCACUUUUGUCCAGUGGCGGUCUGUUCUAUUUCGUGCACGAGUCGCUCGGAAAUUGUUGCUACAUAAAUUUGUUGGUCCCAAAUCUAAAAUCUGUCAGAUCUUGAGCCCAGGGCUAGCCCGAUUUUUCUUGACAGAUACGAAAUGCGAGUGGUUGAGUAUGUUUAGGUCGGUAUGGGAAAAUCUUUGAUCGCAGCAGGAGACGCUGCUUGUAAAUGGGAUCUGGGCCCUCCCCCCCCCUCCCACUUUGGGUUCAGACCGGUUUCUUCUCGCUUAUUUUCCACGUACAGGGGACCACGUUAGAUACGAGCAAGUGUAUCUUGCCACUUAGUUCACAUUCACACUCACAUUGAGCAUCGCUUUUAGGUUCAGAUACAAGAUGCCCGCGAAAGCAAAAGCAAAGGCGAAGCACCCGGCCAAAGCUAAAGCUCCGGCCAAGCCCAAGGGGAAGGCGCCGCCCCACAAGGCGAAAGCGGUUAAGGCGGUCGCUAAACCGUUUGCGAAAGUGAAAGCCCCGCCGAUGGCGGCCCCCGAAGUUGAAGAAGAUGAGAUUUGCGCUGCUCUUCUCGCGGAGGAAGAGGGCGAGGCGGGUCCGGCCCGCAAGGGCCCGCCCCCGGUGAAGAAGCGGAAGGCCGUGCAAGAUUUUAGUGACAGUGAGGUCGAGGCCUUUGGGAUCUCGCGAUCCGAAUUAUUAGCGCACCAGCGGGAGCCUUCCCCACUUGAUUCGCUGUCCUCGGUAGAUGUGCCCGCGGAGAGCCUGGCACGAGCUGUGCUGGACUACAACGGUGUUAGGUCGCUCCACAUCUGCAGUAGCGUGGAGAUCAAGGCGCUUAAGGGCAUCAAGGCCCUCAAUGCUUCGGAGCGGGCCGAAGUGAAGAUGAUUUUGUCGUCCGCGCCUAAACAUAGAACCGCGCAGACGACUCGCUUCGGGAUUUUCUUUGCAGACCAUUUCACUGAACAGGCUUACGGGGUACGAGCGAAGAUUGAUGCUAGGUUGCCGCUCGAGGAUCUGGCGUCCUACUACAAAGCCGAAAAGGGGUCGCCUACCACUAACGUUAUGCUGAUUCGCAACACACAUAAAGUGCUCCGGAACUCCGACCUGGUUUCAGAGGCGGAGUUUCAUGAUUUGACUGCCCUGGGGGAGUCGCGCCGGCUGGAUCCGGCUCAGUACCGCGAUAUCCUGAACGGCGAAGUGCGCGGGGGCACACAGGGCUUCGGGGCCCGUGUCGUUGGGCAGAUUCGCUCUUUACAGAUCCCGGCACCGCCUAAACAACUCGCUCCACGUCCCCCGGGUCCGGGUCCUGCCCCGCCCGGGCGUGCUUCUUCCUCCGGAAUCCCUAAGGUCUGGGAUCCGGUGAGAGGUGAAGAAAUUUUGGCUACUACUUCCAACGUGGGGAUUGUUUGCCACGACUUUCUUCGUGGCCGCUGUAAUCGCGGAAGCAGCUGCAGAUUCCCGCACGUGUUGCGGUCUCCCUUUGUGAUAAAAGAUUUGAGAGGGGACGCGCAAGCGCCUCCGAAGUAGGCACUGCAGCAUGUGCAGUUUAGUUUUAGAGGUUGGCCCUCGCCUUCGGCCAAGUGGGUCCGUCGGCGUGUUGCUUUUUACUACUCCUACAUGAACAAAUCCAUGCUGGCCUGGUUGCUCUUGGAUUUUAGCUCCUAGCGAAAGCUUUGCUCUGUUGUGAGAACAAGAUGUGAGUGUGAUUGUUGUGAGUGGAAAUUAGAAACGUUCCGGGCCCCCUUGGCCUGGUACUUAUUUCGCGGUCUGGCGUGGCCAGGCUCGCGGGGUGUUCCCUUUGUUGCCCUCGGUCUACAUUGCUCCCUGCAUUCCGUCUCUGUUGAUUAGGUGUAGAUGCCGGUUAGAUUCCGAGAUCGGAGUGGUAGUUGUGCUCACGAGGUGUUUGUGAGCUGUUAACCUUCGGUCGAGAGGAGAGUGGCUCUUCACCCCCCGUGGGUUGUCUUUCAUUGUGUAGCAUAGACAUGCUCAGCGGUCGGUCUCGUGUUGCCACGGGGAUGAGGGUUGUUUGGCACUGGCGGUAACCAAUCCGUUACCCUUGCAAACUCACCUCCUUGGCGGCGCGGUACUUUGUGAUCGUUAUGCUCAUGCUCUUCUCACCCCUCAGUUCCCGUGCUGACACGAGACCGCGCCCAGGUUGGCUACUUAGUACACUCGCUUUUCUUGUUUUUCACAUUCUGGUGGUUUUUCUCUUGUCGCUUACACCACAGGGUGUGGGUGCUAUCUGGGCCCACCCCCCACACUCUACUGUGGAACCGUCGCGAGCGACGGUUUCGCCUUUUUCCUUUGAGGGAGAAUUUUACUUCCGUUUCACAGAGUCGCGCUCGCCAGCGUAGUGCAGCAUCAGAAUGGAGUCCUCGCCGGCUGACAAGGUUUCUGCCUUUCUCUCUCGGGUCCAGCGGGACCGGGACAGGUUUCUACCAGGUUUGUCGCAGGACAGGAGCCACCCGGCCUUUUCGGGUCGGCGACUGAUCUCGCGGCACAACGAACAGUGCCUGCGCGAAGGCCACAGCUCGUCCUUUGGGGAUUUCUCGGACCGGAUUCUGGCGGGCGUUUACUGGCUGGCCUGUGCCCGGGCGGACCCAGCGACCGUCUCUCGCUCGGAGCAGGUCUUGGCAGGUGGUUGGAAGGAUACCAGGCCAAUCCGGUCGAAGUUCAACUUCGGGGUUAUUGAGAAGAUUGGCAGAGAGUCUGCUUUUUCGGGUUUCUCGCAUGUAUGGCGGGUUUUAGCUUCCGGGGGGGAAUCGGUCGGCCCCACUGCGGCUCAAGACUUUUGGCCGUCGAAACUCAUGAAGGCGUCGGAGGGUGGACGUUUGCCCCCGGCCCCAACUACCGGCUCCGGUUCGGGGGACCUAGCAGCCUCGGUUGAGGGUGCGGAAAAUAUUUCGCGCCUGCGGCAGCGCAGCUCAUCGUGGAUGCCGGGUGAAGAUGUCAAGCACUGCUGGGAUACUACAAUCCAAGAAACCGAGGACGGCUGGCUCCAGGGUCCUUUUACCCUGGACGAAGCUUGGGAAAAGGGGGCGCGCAUCCUUCUGACUCGUUUUGCACACCAUGAGGCGGACAAGAUCCGCCUCUGCGACAAUGGUGUGCCUUUGAAUGUUUGCUCCGACAUCUCGUCGUCGAUGCCGAUUCCGUCGGUUCAUCAUGCUCUCGCCCUUGCUUCGAGCUCGGCGAUUUUACUAGAAGAAGGCGGCCCGCCGCGGGUUGACUUCUGGCGGGAUUUGCGGGUGUUUGACCAAGGGGGCAACCGGGCAGACCCCCUGGCCUGUGAAGAGUAUGAUUUUGAUCCUUUCCCGGAUGCCCGCCCGUCCGACCCGGGCUGGCGGGAGGUUGCUUGGGCGGCUUUGGACCACAUACCGAACUUCGACGCAGCGGAGGAUGGUGCGGACCCUGAGGGUGCGGGGCUCUGCCAGUGGGUUAUCGACAUUGCCAACGCUUACAAGAAUGUAAGCAUUUCGAAGGCGGGGAGCGCGACGAACUGGAUCGGGGUUUUCGACCCCAAGGCGAAGGCCUACAAAGCCUUCCGCGGCCUCACGCUCCUGUUUGGGAACAUUCACUCCGUUACGGAGUGGUUGAUUGUUGGGCAGUUUCUGGCCUUCUGCGUUCGGUGGCUUUUCUGCGUGGCCUUGAUCAUCUAUAUAGAUGAUAUGACCGGCACGGCGCCCCGCAGGGUUCGCCGUCUCCUGAUGCGCGCCAUUGUGUACAUGUUGGAGGUUUUGGGUUUUCCUUGGAAGCCGAAGAAGGUCAAGUGGGGGCGCACCGCUUUGCGGGUUUUGGGCUUGGAUUUUGACGUGUCGCAAUCGCCUCCCACGAUGCAGUUGUCGGAAGUGAAGCGCGCCACCCUUCGGGCGGCCCUGGUUGAAGUCUUGGGGGCGGGGGAGCUCAGUCCCGCGCGGGCUUCCACCCUUUCCGGGAAGUUCCUUUUCCCCUUCUCACUGCUGGUGGGCCGGCGUCUAAAUGGCUUGCUGAAGCCGGUCUUUCGGCGUGGAGGUUUGUUUCAUUCUCGCGCCACCUGCCUUCCCUUGGGUUCCGGUUGUGCGGCGAGCUUACGCUUCAUGGCGGCCUGCCUCCCGGUCCUUCCUCCGAUUUCCUUCUUACGAGUGGGCCUCCCGGUGGAGGUGUGCUACUCGGACGCGAGUUGGAAGCGGGGGCGAGGUAUUCUCGGCGGGGUCCGUCUUCUGCAGGAGGGUGCCUUCCAGGCGUUCCGCCACCCGGUCUCGCGGGCGGAUAAUUUUCCAUCCGCCUCUUGGGGGUCUUUCCCGAUCAACGUGUUGGAGAGUUUUACACCGGUCAUUCUGUUGAUGCUCUGGGGCCCGACCUUGUCGCACAAGCGGGUCGUAUUCUUUCUGGACAACACCACUGCGGUGGGGGUUUUGCGGAGUCGAUCGGGCGAGCGCGCUCACCUGUCGGUGGUAGCGGCUUUAUUUUGGAGUUUGUGUGCCCGUUUUGCCAUAGUGCCGUACUUCGAGUGGCUCCCCUCCGGGGAAAAUGUUGCUGACGCGACUACCCGCGAUGCACUUUGGGCGCAGUUCUGUCGGGUGGCUAGGGUGCAGCUUCAUUCCUGUGUCGCUUUGGGGGAUGAGAUUCAGAGGUUCCUGACCACGGUGGCGACCCCGCUUGAAGAUCCUUGUGAGCUGCUGGAUUCUAUUCCGGCUGAGGAGUUGCUGGCUCAAGUUUGAGCCACUCCGCGAUGUUUUUUGCGCUUGCCCUGUACCCUUUUGUUUUGAGAUCCGCCUGUGGACUCAGUGUGCAGAUGUUUCUGGACGGUAUGACGUCUCUUCUUCAAAUACAUUUUCCACCUUUGGGUAUGCGAUUUACUGCUUCGCGGGCCCAGGCUUGUCAUGUGAUCCCACUCAGAAAACAGUGUUCCCACUUCUACCACUGGCGGUUUUGUUUGGGUUUCUUCCCGUGUCUACUUGUCCCUCGCUUUGGGAUUUCGUUUGUUCCACUUCGGCGUAGGGCCUUGCCGAGGGCAAUUGGGGCGGGGCUGGGUCUCCCCUCAUUCAACCACCUGCUGUGGGGUUCUGAGGGGUCUUGCCCUGUUUGGCAAGGUGGUGGUGAGGCGUGCUGGGCCUCGGUUUUGGGAGGUAGGCCCAGGACGCUUUACCCAGCCCCAACGGCGCGGUCCAACGGGCCGCUCGGGUUUAGGGAUACCACAUGGAAGGAACGAAACGAAAGACAUAUCUACCUCGGUAGAUCCUUUUCGUGUAGUAACUGGGAUUUGGGGUCCCCCGUUCGCACUAUAUCGGCUGGCAGAUCCGUAGAAGCUAUUGCACGUUUGCGAUCUCCUCCCCUAGAGUGGGGAGGAGCGAUGUAGAGUCAUCGAUAUGUGCGUCUGGGGGACGUAGGUUUAGGUGAAUUUUUGCCCCACCCCCCCACCCGAGUGGCCGUAUACGUCGUGCCGGUUCGUCCGGACAGACGUUUGGUGGUGAGGCGUGCUGGGCCUCGGUUUUGGGAGGUAGGCCCAGGACGCUUUACCCAGCCCCAACGGCGCGGUCCAACGGGCCGCUCGGGUUUAGGGAUACCACAUGGAAGGAACGAAACGAAAUGGUGCUACUGAAGGAAACAGUAGCAGUGGCAGUGCCGGCAGCCACCAGUGGUUGAAUUUGCCGUAUGGUCAGGGUGCAGCACCUCCAUAGGCAUAUCCAUGUGUGAAUUCUCAAAUGGACAUCAACAAAUUCAAAAGCAACACUGGUACUGCCACUGGCUCAGAAAAAAAAAGUAUCAAAACCUUACCAUUCCUUCGCAGCAAAUCUAUCAGGACUGAAGCGCACCCAAACAAUAAAAAUCAGAAUUUAUACGCGUGACUUGCUUAACAGUGCAAAUGCAAAACUAAAAAAAAAACGCACCAGUGCGUCGAACUUGAAACUCGACAAGGACUUAUGCUAUGAUCGGUCUCGAUUUUCUGUUGCAGGACGUACCAACAUGCUGAUUUCUGUAAGUGCUUCGUCCCAUGUGCUGG